AUGAUUCUUGGUGUACUUGUCUGUCAGACAGGUAAAUCGAAUGUUCAAGUUUUGCGAGAGGUGGCAGAAGGAAAAGCAUCUAGACAGAGUUCGCAGUAUGUUCAUCUUCGACCUGGGUAUGCUAACGACGGAAAUUUGAAUACGUUUUCUAUGACAGAUCUGUAUGGUGAUCUGUCACCAUACUGGGAGGUUGACCUUGGUCGUGAUUUUAAGAUCAGACAGGUUGAAAUAUUUGUAAGGAAAGAUUGUUGCGUUGAUGGCAAAUUCUUGUACUGGUCAACUUAUCAUCAAUUAGAUAUAACUGCUGGGUCAUCACAUAAUCAUAUGACGAGGUCUAACUUUUACACAGGACCAGCCAAGACAGGAGACGACCUGGUCUUUGAAUGCAGUCCGAUAAUAAAUGGCCGUUAUGUCAGGAUUCAAAAGAUCAAUCAUGCAUCAAACUUAGCUUUACUCGAGGUGAAGGUUAUGGCUGUUGUAGACAGGACGAUUGGAUAA